CUAAGCUCUGACUCACAUGAAGUCGAUAAGCGUUAUCAGCAUUCUAAUACCAGAUGCCAUGAAUCAGACUUAGCAUACGGUAGGUAAUGCACAUGUAAACACAUAUCGCAACUUUGAUUUUAACGGAAAGUGAUAAGAAGUCUAUAUUGAAAGCAAAAAUCAGCCAAAAAGUCCCCGGACACAAAUAUCUAUCUUCUGAUAAAACCAAAAACUGCCUGUACUUUAUCAAAAGCUCAUUUAGCAACUGGGUCCGCCGCAGGUGGUUGUCAGUUUCGAGAAUCACGUUGAACGUCCAACAUCGCUGAGCUACUUUAGAAAAAAAAACUCAACAAAUAUGGCUUCGGAAAAGGCAAAUCCACCGACAUACGAUCAGAUCAAUGAACCUGCGCCUUCGGCAUACCCGCAUCCAGAACAGCCUACGGCGUCUACUUCAUUUCCCAGAAGCCAGCCAACCACGGUCAUCAUUACGAGCCCAAAUGUCGGUCCCGAUCCGACCACGAUGGUGUGCCCAUCCUGCAGAGCAACCAUCGUCACCAGGCUGGAAUACGAAACCACCACCAAAACGCAUCUCUGUGCGGCGGUGUUGUGUCUGUUUAUCUGCUGGCCCUGCGUUUUCAUACCCUACUGUUCGACGUCGUGCCGUGAUGCAAACCACUACUGCCCCAACUGUGGAUCGUUUGUCGGAACUUACCACAAGUAAGAGCUCCACACAGUGGAAACUGUGCUCCAGCGGGCAGUGAGAAAACUUUCGAUCCAACGAAACAACGUCACGUUGUAUGAGCUUUUAAAGUGUGUAAGCUUUUAAAGCUGUAACUCCUAACCGAUUCGAAUAAGUUUGGUACAAGUAUUAACUUGUACACAAUAUUCAAAUUGACCAUGAAAGUCAAUGACGAUAGAAUGGGUGGAAGUGGUGUGCCUGUUCUCUUUUAUCUUGCUUGGAGAUUACAAACAUAGAUUUAUUUUUUAAUUAGGAGUAGCCAGAAUUCAUGAAAAGCUGUCGACAAAUAGUACUCGAUAGCAAAAUUGUUAGUCAAUGAGAGAAACGAACGAAUAAUAACUGCAAAAGUGAUCAUCCCCAGUGCCUCCACCAUUACUCGUUUGCCGUUGCGAGAGCGCAGCGAAAGACGAAAAAUAUUAAAUAAACAUUUAUUAGGCAAUACUAACGAAACUGCAGAAACAGACCAAGUGCGAUACAGCGAUAUAGAGAUAGACAGAGAUAGUGUGAUAGAUAGAAGAUGGAAGAAUUGUGAACAGUUUGUUUUAGAAAUGUUUUCUUGGGGCUAAAGUAGUUGAACCGAGUAGCAGAUUGAGUAGACGCAAGGUAAUGUAAUGCAAACUAAAGCCCUGCGAGGUAGAUCAUAAAGACAGUUUAAUACAGAUGAGUUGUGAAAAGCAUCUUUAUAGAUACAAUUAAGUAAAUAGUAAAUAUACAAUGUAAAUCAUUUAAAAUUUAAUUUAGUUUUGAAAUACUAAUACAAAAAAUCUUUGAUUUUUUUUCUUCUACUAAAA